AUGAGCCUCCCUACGCUGAGGGUUGAGCUUCUAUGUCCAACAGUGAGUCAGUGGGAGAGUCUCCUUCAAAGGUAGGAGACUAGUAAUUACUGAUAAUGAUUGUUGACUGUCAGGGUUUUAGCCCCGUUCCUGCCACUUCAGCCCCUGCAAUGCACAUGCUAAGCACUUGACUCAUGUUUAUCUUAAAGGCUCACAAUAACCCUUUGAGUGGAUACAAUCUGUAGUCUUCACAGGUAAGGAUACAGGUCCAGAGGGGCUGGGUUACUUGCUCAAGGUCACACAGCCAGUUCUCAGUGGUGCUGCCCUUGAACCCAAGUCCGCCUACUCCAAAGCCCUGCCCCUAGCCUCUGCCAUCUUCCCCUUCCCGACUUCCACUCACACCUGGUGUCGCAGGUUGCCCUGCUCCCCUCCAACCAAUUAUCCUAUAGGACACAGGGUGCAUGCUAAACUGUUUGUUGACUGACUGACAGACCUGCUCGCCCAGUGGAAGGUAUUUGCCUGGGGAUGUUUUCCUCUCAUGCCCAGGCCUGAAUCUGUUCUUGGUCAGAGUUAUCUUGGGCUUAAAGGUCAAGGGAGUGGGGGAGGAUGUGCUGGGAAGGAUAGGGAGGACACAACAGUCACAGUCGGGAGGCCACACCCUUGAGUGAGCCACGCAGAAGUCCUCCAAGGAAGCAGUAUCUGUGACCCUAUUCCAUGGCAGAAACCACCAAGGCUGAGCUGGCUCAGCUGAGGUCACUUCUGGAAAAGGCCCAGCGGGGCUGGGGCCUGGGAUGGGAUUUCCCACAACGUUCCCUGCCUCUUUCAAGAAACAGGAAGGGUAGAACAGCGAAGUGGCACCAAGGAUGGGUGGCAUGGUGCCAGCCUGUCCCAAGAAGGGCCCCUAUAGGCCUGGAGGUCUGCCUCCUCCCCCCACUGGACAGGGUAGGGCUCAGCUUGGCCUGCACCCCUGAUGUCACCCCCUGUCCCCUGCAGCCCAAACUCUGCUAUCAAGACCUGCAUAGCACCUUGCUCUUGGAUCCCAGGCACCCACAGGCCAAGGUGCUGCUCAAGAUGAUGGUGGACCAGGCCCAGAAGUCAUUCCAGGAUGCCGGGAUCCUAGCCGUGCAGGGCAAGCUGCAGCAUGCACUGCAGUGUAUCAACUGUGCCAUAGAAAACAGCCCUCUGGACCCCAGCUUCUUCCUUUUCCGGGGCACCAUGUACCGACGGCUCCGGGAGUUUGAUGCCGCCGUGGAGGACAUCCUGAAGGCGCUGGACAUGAUGACCGAGCACCAGGAGGACCUGGUGCAGCAGGCGCAGCGCCAGCUGCUGCUGACCUACAACGACUUCGCGGUGCACUGCUACGUGCAGGGCGCCUACCAGGAGAGCGUGCUGCUGCUCAACAAGGCCCUCAGGGACGAGCAGCGGGAGAAGAGCCUGUACAUCAACCGCGGCGAUUGCUUCUUCCAGCUGGGCAAUCUGACCUUUGCUGAGGCGGACUACCAGCAGGCGCUGGAGCUGAGCCCGCAGGACGAGGGCGCCAACCUGCGCAUGGGCCUGCUGCAGGAGAAGAUGGGGUUUUGCGAGCAGAAGAGCAAACAGUUCCAGAAUGCAGAGAGCCACUUCUCAAUGGCCAUCCAGCACAAUCCCCAGAGGGCCCAGUACUACGUGCACCGUGCCAGGUGCCGGCAGCUCAUGCAGAACAUUUUUGGGGCCCGCCAGGACAUUGUCACUGCCCUGCUCCUCAACCCUAACCAACCAAAGCUGCUCCCGCUGAUAACCAGCCUCUUCCCGGGCAUGUCAAUGGAGAAGGUGCUUAGCAGCCAGGUGGCUUACCUGGCCAGGUCGCAGCUGAGUCGAGUAAUGGAAAAGAGCCUGCAGAACAGCAUCCCUCGAGGCAUCGUGGGGCAGCUUAGGAAGCGGGAACUGGAGCGCCAGAAAGCCCAGGCCCUGCACCGUUCCUGGAAGCUGGAACAGCCUUUGUUCGAGACCUCAGAGAAGCUGGACACCAAUCCCCAGACCCAGCAGGCAGAGCCAGAACACCCAGAGGAGGCCAAGGGCCCUGGGGAGGAGGAGAAGCCGGAGCCCACUCCCAGCAAGGUGAGGUCCCUGUCCGACGGCUACCUCGACCAGACCUCUUCAGGCUCCAUCUUGGGCUUCAGGACCCCGUCAACCUCAGAGACAGAGAUGUCCACUAUGUGCCAGGAAUACAGAAGCAGCUCGGCCACCACUGUGGCAUUCUCCGAUUCCUCACUGCUGAAGACUCAAUCCUCAGACUUAGAAAACAAGGAAGACCUAAGCGUGGGCCGGAGCCCCAGAAAAACCAAGGCUGCCCAGGACCAGAGCCAGAGACCCAGCAAGACCAAGGCCACCCAAGGCCCAAGGUCAAAGCCCAACAAGACCAAGGCCACCCAAGGCCCAAGGCAGAGGCUCAGAAAGGCCAAGGUUGCUCAUGGCCGGAGCUGGGGACCCAGCAAGGCUGCUGCUACUCAGGGCCAGAGCUGGGGACUGAUCCAAAGUUCCAGCAAGACCAAGACUUUCUAUGACCCAGGUGGGAGCCCCAGCAACACUGAGGCUACCCAGAGCACAAGUGUAGGUAGGUUCCAGCAAGACUGAGGUCCCCAAAGGCCUGAGGCAGAACCCCAGCCCCAGCAGUUACACUGCUCUCUGAAGGGGCCACUGAGCCCCUCCCUCAUGUCUUGCUGGGGAUGGGAGAUAUUCUACCCUUGUACACACCGGCUCCCAGCAAUUAGAAACCUCGGCCAACAUUCCUCUGGUCCCAUGGCUAAGUUUAUUGUAUCUGUUCUCCUCUUUUACAAAAUUAAAAACCAACAACCAGGCCCAA